AUGUUGAACACAUUUGUAAAGUCAUAUUGGCGGCAGCCCACCGCAUUGCUGCUCGCAGUAGCCGCCGUGCUUCUCUGCCUCGCCGACUCCACGCUGGCGGUAAAGGUCAGAAACGGCGCCGAUCCCACAGCAAUCCACGUCGGAGACACAUAUUACUCGGCCGAGUCUGCCGACGGCGGCAUCUACGUCCGCGCGGCAUCAUCCCUUGAAGGCCUCGGCGCAUCAGACGUCCAGCGGGAGAAAGUCUGGUCUGAUGACGCCGGCAGGGGGGCCAUCUGGGCCCCGGAGCUGACGACGGACUCGGGGCGGACCUUCAUCCACUUCUCAGCCGGCGUGGACGCCGCUCACCGCAUGUACGUCAUCAGCGCCGACUCGCCCUUGGGUACUUACUCGUCUGAGUCGAAACUCGCCCUGCCGGACGACCAGUGGGCCAUCGACGGCACGUUCUUCGUGUUCGAGGGCCGGGGCUGGUUCGUCUGGUCCGGCUGGGACAGCGAGAGCAACAACGGCGAGCAGAACCUGUACAUCUGCCGCAUGAACAGCCCUACGGAGCCCACCGGGCAGCGGUUCAUCAUCUCCCAGCCGCGCGAAUCUUGGGAGCAGGGCGACAGCCCCCUGAUCAACGAGGGCCCCGAGGCUGUUGUGGAUCCGAACGGCCAGCUGCACAUCGUCUACUCGGCCAACGGCAGCUGGAACAAUAAGUACUGCCUCGCGGACCUGCGGCUGCGCAAGGGCGGCGACCCGACGUAUGUGUGGGACUGGUACAAGUCCAACGGCUGCCUGUUCGGCUCGCAUCAGGACAGGAUGAUGGACGGCUGGGACGCGACGCUGUACAUUGAUGGGCCUGGCCAUCACACGUUUGCGCUGCCAGAUGGCGAUGUCAAUGAGAGCCCUGGUGGAACCGGGCACAUCCCUUUCAUGUUCCACGGUGUCGAGAAGGGCACCCCGUAUAGCUGGGAUGCUCGCGCUUGGUUCACUGGUACCUAUGUCUGGUGGAGUCAAACCACCUACAGCCGACAGAAUAGUCCUGGAGAUGCAAUCGAUACGGGUUAUAGCUUCAAGUUCUUUGAAUAG